AUUAUUAUUACAAUUUUACACACCAUGCUCGUGGGGCUCAAACUCACCGCUAAUUUCGCCUCUAUUUAUGGCCAGAAGCCCUACACUUUCUUCCCCACCUUCACUUCCACCACAACCUCCACCUCCACCGCCGUAAAUACAAAUCAUCAGGCGGUGCCGCCGACACUCAUCUACCGUUGCCGGAGGAUCGCAACUCCGGCGCCGGCGUAUCCAUUUCCGGCGAAAGUCUUAGGUUUUUCCUGUCUUAGCAUGGGCUCUGCAUUUCGGCCGUCGUCAGCUCCGUCAAAGUCUGCUAAGUUACUUACAUUGCCUACAAUUUUGACGAUCGGCCGGGUUGCCGCAAUCCCUAUUCUCGUAACCACAUUCUAUGUUGAUAGCUGGUGGGGACCAACCGCUACAACAGGUAUAUUUAUUGCUGCAGCAAUAACUGAUUGGCUUGAUGGAUACCUUGCUCGCAAGAUGAACUUAGGAACUGCCUUUGGUGCAUUUUUAGAUCCAGUGGCUGAUAAGCUAAUGGUUGCUGCCACCUUGAUCUUGUUGUGCACUAGACCUUUGGAGGCUAGUGUGUUUGGGCCAUUGCCAUGGUUACUAACUGUACCUUCAAUUGCGAUAAUAGGCAGGGAGAUAACUAUGUCUGCAGUUAGAGAAUGGGCAGCUUCUCAGGGUGGUAAACUUUCAGAGGCUGUUGCCGUGAAUAACUUGGGGAAGUGGAAAACAGCCACUCAGAUGAUUGCACUGACCAUCCUCCUGGUUACCAGAGAUAGCAGUUUAUCAGGGGCUGAAACUUUCGUUGCUUCCGGUGUGAUCUUGCUAUAUGUUUCAGCAUGGCUUGCUGUUUGGUCUCUGGUCGUGUAUAUGAGAAAGAUAUGGAAAGUAUUGUUGAUGUAGAAAUUAUGGCCAUUAAUUGCAUUUUGGCUCGUGCUACUAGCUGUGGAGGAGCAGGUUGUACACAAGCAGAUCCAUGAUUAGUGCAAGAGGAAGCCGCCUUUUUGGAGCCCUUUGCAGUCACAUGUUGAGUGCAACCAAAGUUGCUAACUCAAUUCUGACAUCCCUCACUUCAUAAUUCUCCGGUGCAUUUGGUUGUGACAGGAAGAGAAAUGAAAAUGUUGGCUGUGCUCAAUGUUUGGUUUUCCACUUCAUUCUUUAACCAUAUUCUUUAGCGAACUUGGAGGCUCAACAGGAAUUAGGAUCAUCAAACUUGUAGAAUUUGCUAUAUGUAUAAUCUAUUCAGGAAAAAUAAAAUAUCAAGUGUUUGUUUGGGUUGAACAGGCAUUUCACCGUUCUUUUUGUGAAUGCGAAGUUGGGUUCUUAUGUC